AUCAAAUCUUGUCACGUGUCAAGUUUCGAGAAAUAAGCAGAGCUAACCCGAGAGAAUCAUAAAAAAUUAUUCGUCAGCAAGGCAGCAUUCCGGACAAAUUUCGAACAAUGAACCAGAUGGCAAUAAAUCGUUUGAUAGAUGAGCGCAAAUCGUGGCGUAUGCAUCACCCAUUUGGAUUUACGGCUCAACCGAGUAAAAAUUUAGAUGGCACAUUGAAUCUGAUGAUUUGGCAAUGCACUAUACCUGGACCAAAGGGUACAUUCUGGGAGGGUGGCGUCUAUAGGAUGCGCAUGAUCUUCAAUGACUAUUAUCCCGAAUCGCCACCAAAAUGUAUUUUUGAACCACCAAUCUUUCAUCCAAAUGUUUUCCCAUCAGGCACUGUGUGUCUGUCGUUGCUUGAUGAGGAUAGGGAUUGGCGUUCCAAUGUAACCAUUAGCCAGAUACUUUUGGGCAUACAGGAUUUGCUACAAAAUCCACAUACCGAAAGUCCGGCCCAGCUCGAGGCUUACAAUAUCUAUUUAAAUGAUAGAUUUCAAUAUAACAUGCGUAUAAAGGCCCAGGCCGCUGCUUCGGCUCAGUAAUGGGCUCAAUGGAAAAGGCAGAAUGAAAAAUCCCUAACUUACACCCACACACACACACACACAUGUAUUGCAUCCCGUUCACAGUCUCAUGUAUACAUAAUAUUCUCACAAAAUUUUGUAAAUAUGUGGCAUUUCAAUAAUUUUGUGUAGAUAAAACUUUGUAACUUGAAAUUUAUGUAUUAAAGGACACCAAAGCAUUUCUUCAAAAAA